UGCCAUUUACUCUUUCGUAUGGUGUACUGAAACAACUUAUACCGACUGUAAACUGGAAAUGCUUGUCAACUGUUUAAAUUUAUUCGAAUUUUAGAAAUCUUUCUUUUGCCAUCAACUAAAUGCACACAAGCGCACAAAUUAGUCAUUUUAUCAACCAAGGUGAUUCGUCUUGUUGUGAUCAACUCAACGGCGACCCAGCUUCUGCGGCUUAUGGGUACUGAAAGAAGGAUGUUGCUCACAUUGCCGUUUUUAUUUGCAAACAACUGCAGCGAUGACGAAUGCGGCAGCAAUAGCGAAGACGUUUAUCAUCUCGUAGCUCAAUCUCGAAUGCAGCGGAAUAGGUUUUAUCCAUUAGAUCUUUCCGACAAGAAAUUCGUUAACAAUUACUACGUUUCUAAGGAAAUAUUCCUACAAAUAUUUACUGAAAUCGAACCCAAGUUUGGUCCAAUCGUGGCAAAAGGACUGGCGGUGAAGGAAAUGUUGGCCGCUACGUUGAGGUUCUUGGCAGAGGGAAGCCACGAGAACGUCAUGCCCACGAAUGCCACCGUUGUCCAGUCAACAUUUUCCAUCGUUUUUUUCUACUAAAUACUAAAAAAAAAUACUAACAAUCAUGCAGGACACGUUGUGUAAAUUCGUUAACCUGGCGAUGGACCCGGCCGAGGAGCAGGAAGCGCGCCAAUACUUUUACGAAACGUGUGCCAUUCUCGACGUCGUGUUAUGUAUGUGGCUGGUAUGCACGUUAAAAUGAAAGCACCAGCCCGCGACAAGAUUGCGUUCCAUCACUGGCGAGGAUAUUGCUGCUUAAACGUGUUGAUAGUAAGCAAGAUCCACACUUUAACAUUAUAAAGUAACAUUAUAAAUUGUGCCCUUUUUGAAGGCAUGCGAUCAUAAGACGAGAAUUCGCUACGUAGAUCCAAGAUACGGCAUUGACGGUAUUGUAUAUGUACAGAGCGGAAUUGAUCAGUUUUUAGAGGAAAAGUAUAAGCAAGGUCAAACCAAUUACAAAAUGUUGGAUGAGUGUUACUAUGCGAUGUCGCAAAUUAUAUUGUCGAGGCGUUUAAAUAAGGGGUCUCCAAACUAGUAAUGAGAAAAAUGAAGAUUUCGUCGGAAUCGGUUCCGGCUAGCUCCGAAGUUUUCUGGAAUCGAUUCCCGAAUCGGCUCCGGAAUUGGUUCCAGAAUCUGCUCCGAAAUCGGAUGCGGCAUCGGAAUUGGUUCCGGCAUCAGAAUUAGCUUCGAAAUCGGAGUCAGUUUCGGCAUCUCCAUAGGAAUAGGCGUUAGGGUGCAAUGAUGCAAAGUAUUGAUAGCAGCAAUAAAAACUUAUA